AUGCUCCGCGCACCCCUCGCCAAGCCCUGCACCCUUGGCCUCCACCGCUGCAUGACAUCCCUAGCCUCCAAAAAAGAAGGCGACAUCUCGGAUGCAUUCACUUCACUGUCCGGGGCCCAGCGCGAGCCUUUACCCGAUCGAUACCGUCAGCUUAAACUUAAUCUUCUCCAGGGUCGUCAAGAUAAAAUUGUGCAAUCUUGGAACAAACUCCUUCGUGAACUUAAGCGGGAGAAUGAGAUUGUUGCGAAGAAAGGACCGGGUGUUAUUCCCCAGAUUGACUUUAAGGAUUUUGAGAAGAGUAGUCAUGGGCUGAGGGAAGAGGUUAAAAAGAGAGGUGUUGUUGUUGUUAGGGGUGUUAUUCCGGAGGGUGAAGCGAGGGCGUAUAAGGCUGAGGUGGAGGAGUACGUUGCUAAGAACCCGUCUACACGAGCAUUUCCACCUCACGAUCCUCAAGUCUACGAACUAUACUGGUCUCCCCCCCAACUAAAAGCCCGCUCGCACCCAAACUUCCUAACCGUCCAACACAACCUAAUGUCCCUCUGGCACACCACCUCUCCCACCUCCAUCUCCCUCUCCCAACCCUUCAGUUACGCCGACCGUCUGCGCAUCCGCCAACCCGGCGACGCCUCCUUCGCUCUCGGUCCUCACAUCGACGGCGGAAGCGUAGAGCGCUGGGAACCAGAAGGGUACGGCGCAGGUGGGGUGUACGACUCCAUCCUACAAGGAGACUGGGAUUCCUACGAUCCCUGGGACGCUAGCGGGAGGGUCGAUGCUGUGAAUAAUCGCUACGAUGGACUGGGUGCAUGUUCGAUGUUUAGAAUGUGGCAGGGGUGGAUGAGUAUGAGCCAUACUAGGCCUGGGGAGGGGACGUUGUUGGUUAAUCCACUGGUGAAGCUAUCCAUGGCGUAUGUGCUCCUCAGACCAUUUUUUAAAGCAAAGAAUGAGAAGUUGGGGGAGGGGUAUUUGGAGGAGGGAAAUUGGGAGUUGAUGAGGGAGAUGGAUAGUGAGUUGCAGGGUGCGACGCCGGGGACGGGACAGGAGUUGACGGGCGAGCUGCAUCCGCAUUUGGAGCUUGAGAGGACCAUGGUUCACGUUCCUGAGAUUAGACCUGGAGAUUUCGUAGCAUGGCACUGCGACACAAUACACUCGGUCGACAAAGUCCACGCCGGCACAUCAGACUCUUCCGUCUUGUACAUCCCCAUCUGUCCAAUCACCGCUCAAAACGCAGAGUACAUGGUCCGACAGCGCGACGCUUUUCUCCGUGGGACACCGGGACCGGAUUUUCCAGGCGGUGCGGGGGAGUCGGAGCAUGUGGGGCGGGGCACGGAGAAGAUGCUGGACGGAGCGGCUCGUCGGGCGAUGGGCCUGGAAGCGCUGAAGACGGAGGGGGAGAAUGAGGUUGUGGAGAAGGCGAAUCGGAUUCUUGGUUUCUAA